AUGGAGGAGAUUGAAUCGAAUGAACAUAAUAUAAUCGAAGAACGUCCCGAUGAGACAAUUAUUUUGAACGUCGGUGGCGUAAAGGUAAAGGGACCAACACAAAUCAGCAUUAAGGAGAUAGAAACGGAAUUAGAUUACUUCCAAAUUCCGCGCCCCACGGCAUCAGCCAUAGAUAAGAUUGCCAUAGCAAAAGUGGGAGAUCUAAUUGAUACGUUCAAACAGUUGAUUAGUAAAGUAUCGGAAAAUUACAUGAAGGAGGCGUCAUUCAAGGGAUUCAAGGCUGACAUUGACAUAUUGUUCUUGGGCAACGGUCAAGCCACCGUGCAUGCAGGAUUAGAAAAGACAAGCUUAACCGACAUGUUUUUGGCCACCAAGGAAUACGCCUAUGAUAUUAUGUCAUUAUACAAAUAUGAAAUUAAGGAUCAUCUGGAAAACGAAUAUCCCGAGCUAACUUGGGUACACCAACAUCAUAGCGGUCAGGAAUUGCCAUAUUGGAAGAUCAGAAUUUCUAUAUCCUGGAGUUUAAAUCACGAAAGGAUUUUGGCCAACGUCUUAAAUAUGUAG